AUGGGAUUUGAUAUUGCCGCUGCGAGGGAAGAAGGCUACCUCCCGCCCGACUGGACGGACGAGCAAAUCAUAGAGACCUUCACUCCUGCUGAGCAUCGGUUCUACGAGUGGGAACAGAGCGGCCAUUGCAUUCGCGAUUUUGGCAUCGGAAAUAUGGAACAAGGGCUUCGAGAUGAAUUCCCAGAUGUAGAAAACGUCGAGCACCAACACUGGGUCUUCAUGUACAAAUGGGGGGACAGAUUCUUUCGAAGAUGGGCCCAGCCCGUUCCAGCCGUGAACGUUCUCGAGAUCAUCAAAGAAACCAAUUGCCGUGAUCCCGAAUCUGUCAGCAGCACCUCGUUAACUCUCCAGGUUGGCAGAGUUCCCGACAUGCUACUUGGCGAGAGUUCUUUCGGCGGCGUUUUGACAGGUUACGCCGUCGCGAUUGAUCCUACCUUCCUGCAGCCUGAUACCACCAAUUCCGAUCUUCGGAACGGCCCAACAGACAUGGAAUUGGAUUCUGCCGUCAUCGCUAUCGACAUCAACUCUCCUCCACCGGACAUCCAGCCAGAGUCCUUGCAACUAAUAUCGCCUCCACAGAAGCGUCGUCGUGAGAGCAACAGCUCAGAAGAGAGCUCGGACAAGGGCUCGGACAUGGGCUCCAACGUUUCGAUGCGAAGCGCAACGAGUGAUGACUUCAUGGGAAAGGAGCCUCAUGUCUUUUUCCAAUUGGGAGAAUUGAUGGCCUGCACUGGCUUUGACUGGCUUGCGGUUCGAGACGACGCUCCAGAGGAGGCUGCAAAAUACGCGGAAUGGGAAGAGACGGGAUACAGCGUUCUUGUCAAGCUGGAUCGGCGCGGCUACCCAACUGGUCCUAUCUUCGUCGCCUACGCGUUUUGUCGCCAUGACGGUUUCGAGGCAGAGGAGAUCGAGUGGAGAGACGGGGACGACCGAGAACUGCCCCAUAUUCGCCGCCUGUAUGAGGACUGCAAGAUCCAGUUCUAUCUUGCCCAGAUUGCGAACGGGAUAGAAGAUCUCAAACACGGAAAGGAGUUCAAUUUUGAUGUGAAAUGCUUCGACAGAUGCACCGUGCAAGGUGCAAAGGUGGUGGGAUUUAACCCAGUUGUGAAGGUCGUUCCGAGAGGGAUCUUGGCUGACGAGGGAGAGGACAAGCGAGCCCAGAUGGCUGACGACUAA